AUGGGUCUUAUUAAUGAUUGCUUAUGUGUUUUUUGCAAUACUGAACUGGAAACUAGAGAACAUCUCUUUUUACAAUGCCCUACUGCUACCCUUAUGUGGGAAACUGCUUUCACUCUUUCUGGUUUGCAGUUCACUUUUUGCUCUUGGGAUGUCUUUGUGGAGAGGGCAUGCUCAACUUGGAGGGGUAAAUCUAUGCUAACAAUGAUCAUGAAGCUUCUUCUUAAUGCUCUGGUUUACUUACUCUGGGAGGAACGUAACAAACGUAUGUUCCAAGGUCGCUCAAGGCCUGCUAGUGAAUUAUUAAAGACUGUUAAAGAUGUAAUUAGUUUACAACUUAGAGGUAGGAUUUUUAAAAGAGUUGAUGUGAAUAUUUCUCUUUGCAACCACUGGAGAAUAGUUGAUUGCUGA